ACACAUUUUGAGAUGACAUUGCAGUAAUGCAAAUAUCGUAAUGAGGAAUAAGGGAUUUAAAGAAAUGUAUCUUCACAUGUUUAGUACAGUGGAGCAUUUUUUUCUUGAAAUUGUAAUAAUUUUUUAAAAAGCAUGGAAGUUGGUUUAUUUUUUUUAGACCUAUACAGUGACAUACUGAUAAAUAUUGUCCUAUUAUUUCAUUUCAAAACUCUAGGGGCACGUCUUCGGGAUUAAUUGAAAUAUAUCAUAAUUCAUAUUUUAAUUCGUUUAAUUAUUAAAUGCAUUUUUUGUUUCCGCUUUUAUUUUGAAGACCCUCUGUCGGACCGGAAGUGUUCUCCGGUUAUUUAUAGCCGGUCCUCCGAGUCCUCUCCAGACGUGACAGUUCCUCCUUCAGGCUCGAGACCCACUAUGUCCGCUCCAGGCAGACCGGCACUGCUGCUCCUCUUUGGGCUGGCCUGGGCCGCUGUGUCCUCCGCCUGCAGCCUCCAGAUCCCUCCGCACCAGGAAGUAGCGCGCGUGGCCCGCUUCGUUGCCCACCAGUGCGACUGGGCGUCCAUGGCCACCAUCUCCACGCACAAGCCGGUGGUGGGUCAGCCGUUCUCCAACGUGUUCUCCGUGAGCGACGGGCCCCGCGGCAGCAGCACCGGGGUGCCGUACCUGUACCUGACCGACAUGGAGGUCUCCGUGCAGGACCUGCAGGUGAACCCCCAGGCAUCCCUGACGAUGUCUCUGGCUCAAACUGAUUACUGCAAACAGCAGGGCUUCGACCCUCAGAGUCCUCUCUGCGCUCACAUCAUCCUGUCCGGAUCUGUCAUCCAGGUAAACGGGACUGAGGCGGACUUUGCCAAAAAGGCUCUGUUUAGCCGGCACCCAGAGAUGAUGGAGUGGCCGAAGGACCACGACUGGUUUUUCGCCAAGUUCAAUAUCUCUCAGGUCUGGGUGCUGGAUUACUUUGGCGGAAUAAAGACCGUCUCUCCAGAGGAGUAUUUCCAAGCGGCGCCUCGCAGGAAGCAAAACUGACCGCGAGAGUUGUAGGGUCUUGAAGUCCACUGUUGUUGUUGUUCUGAGAGUGGAGCAACAAGUACAGAGCUGGACCCAUGAAAGUCCUAAAAAACUGGAAGAGACUCUAACUUCCCCCAACAUCUGUUCUAUUCUCAUAUUUGAACAAGUGAAAUUGAAAGGAUUACCUUUAUCGUUAUACCGACAAGUACAACAAAAGUCCUCAUUUCUAGACAGGGAAAAUGGGAGAACCAUGAGGAGAACUAUGAUAGCUAAGAAGGCAUACAUCUUGUCUUGCCAGUAGAGCAUAGGUGACUGGGAAAAAAAGACCUUAGCACAGAACAAAACAGGCACACGAGAUAAGGGAUAGAGGCAGAGUUCUAAGGCCCAGUACACCACUCCAGUCAGCUGUACCCUUAAGACGCUGCCGGCUUUGGCAUUGUUUUAAAAGUAGGGAAGAGUAGGAAUACUGGAGGGAAGGACAACAUAUUCCAUACCUCAGAUUCAAACCACAUCUCACUCUAUAGUGGAUUUAUCUUUGAAAAGACAACGCACUCCGCACAGGGAAUGUCAGAUUUGAUCAUCGUUCUUGAGGACAACAGACUUGUUUUCUAUUUCCCAGUUGUGUUCUUGAUUGAUCUAACAGAGUCUUUGAGGCUCUUUUUGGUCCAACUCUUGGACAAUUUGAUUCCAUUUGUCCCCUAAAGUUUCUCUAAAUUAUCACCUGUUUUUCACACCAGUUCAAAGGUUCGUUGGGCGAACGGGACAAUAGAGUUUCGAUCAAACUCUGACCAUCUCUCAAUCUAUGCCUCAACCCUAUAGCACCAGUGCUUACGUCCUUUGCACUACCGUAACUAUUCAACCGUUGCCUGAGGCUUUUCUCUUCUGAAUCUCUUGGCAUUACAGUACUUUUUUAUUUUGUGUCGUUGCUGACAGGUCCAGUACUUAAAGGGUUUGAGUCAUCAAAACUUCUAGAUUAGACAGAAAUUUAGAUUGCCAGAUAUCCAAUUAUCAAACAUCCAACUGGGUUUAUAGCCCGGCAACAGACUUGCAACCUGUUCAGGGUGUAUCCUUCCUUUGCCCAACAGUCGCUUAGAUAGGCUCCAGCAACCCUAUGAUCCCGAAUGGGACUUGGUAGGUUUCAGAACACUGAUGGAAAUAGGUAUACGACCACAGAUAGUUGGGAUACACACACCAGUCUCCACUUGUUCCAUGGGAUUAUUGGUCCACUUUCCCGUUACUUAAUGUGAAGAAAGUCUUUUUUUUUCACAAUUGAAUUUGAAGACCAACUCAUCAGAUCAGUUUUCUUGACAAAGAUGGCCACAUCAUUUAAAAAAAAAAUCAUUGCUUUCAUUAAUAAAAUUCUACAGAUAUAACAGUUGUAAAAAAAAGAAAUUAGUGCACUUUUUUCUUUAUAAUAGUAUAUAUAUUAUUUAACUUAUUUUUUUUAAGUUUCUAUCCAUCCCAUUGAUAUUUGAGGAUACAAUUAUAUCAAAAAUUGUAAGGCAAGUUUAUUUGUAUAGCACAUUUCAUGUACAGAGACAAUUCAAAGUGCUUUACACUUGUAAAAUGUAUUAAGUCCCCAAUUUUUUUUAAAUUGUCUUUCACGUUGUGAGAUAAGGUCACAAAUAAUUUGUUGUCUCCUUCUUAUGUGGAAAUAGAUGAAUUAACCACCGCAUAGGUGAAAUUUCUUAUUAAAUUAAAAAGGUUUUUCAACAACUUUAGUGCCAAAGUUUUCGUAAAAUCCCUAUUUACUCUGUAGUGGAUCAAGAGGAAAAGAGUGGUUGUGUUUUUGCUGUUUGGGUUUGACAUCUUUUAAUGUAAUGCUACAGUUUGGCCACUUGGGGGAGAAAACCCUUAAGAAAUAAUCAACUUCUGAGCAUAAACGAUUCAAAAACAAGCAUCUAUUUAUUUUUGUGUGUAUUUGUGCUAAAUUGAAUAUUUAGAAGCUCCACUAGAAAUGAUUUGAAGUGCUUGUGGUUUUAAAUCUCAAACUGAAGCUAAAAUGGAGAUGAAGGACCAGCUGUGACAAGACAGAUUCAACAGUUUGUUUUAGUGUCAAAAAAAGUUUGAAAUGUUGACAUAUUUAGCAGAUUUAUAUAAAAUAUUUUACUAUUAUUUUGACAUUGAUCAACAUCUCAGUUCUAUACUUUGCAAGAAAUGUGUGUAAAGUCAAUUGUUUAAGCAAUCCAACUCAAACUAUUUUUAUUUAAGUGUUUAAAACUGCUGUCUAAAUCAAUCAAGAUACUUUAUUAAUCCCCUGGGGGGAAAUUUCUAUCUAAAAAAUGUGCCUUAUUGUCUCCUUGUAGCUUCCAACGCUUUAUAAAAAUGUUUUUUAAUAUAAAAAUUUGCAUUUUAAAUGAGAAAAUUGGAUAAUUUUAAAUGUGUGGACUAAAUGUAGUUGAUGUUGAACAAAAUAUGCCUUAAGCUUAUUUUUAUACUCUUAUUUUUUCACUUUUGUCCUUCAUAAAACCAAAGCUGACUGUGAAAUGUUUCUGUUUUGAAAUAAAAAUUUUAUUCAAUAAA